AUGGACCCAACACACUCAUCAAGCCAACAAUUCGAGGACACAUACUCACAAACGCCCAGAUCAAGAGCUGGUAAUCGAAUCUCUACCACAGAAGGGUUGCUCCAGAACUUGCAUCUUGCCGAGACCGGUUCCUUCGAGACAGAGUCCUAUACCACCAGCAGACCCCCGUCUUCGCAGGGGUUAGCCUCACCCACAUACUUAAGUCCGAGCCUAUCCCACUCGCCCGGCUACCUGACCACCCCUCUUGGUCAACCACAUUCAUCCUUCCCACCUUUGUCAUCCGAAACCACCAUCUCGGACGCAGAGUGGAGCUAUGAGUGCUUACUCGAAACAGUGAUGGAGUCCAGCAGUGGUCUUAUGCCUCCCCACGAUCUCGGCGCAUAUGGUUCGGAUGUCAGCCUCACACCACCCAGCGGGUCACGAUCGGUUACAGCGAGCCCGCCCAGGACAGCGCUCACGGCGGAGCAGCGGGAACUGAAGAGGCAGCGCGAUCAGGCACGGCACAACUCCAAAAUGCAGGCUCGCGGCCGGAGGACGGACAGCGCAUCUUCUGUUUACUCGCCACCCGUUUCCCUCGCCGAUAUGACCUCCGCUGCAUCCAGCAUGCCCGUAUACACAACCGCGCCAUCUCAGCUUCCCCUACUCGCCGAACCUUCAGUCCCGCAAUACAUGCCUCCAUUCUCGCCACCAUUGCAGGACCAAAACCAAGCCGCCAUGUUCACAAACUCAUACAACUCUCAAAGCUACCUCGCCGACUAUUCGUCCUACCCAACUUCAACUGCUCCGGGUCUUCCGCCACACUACGGUAUGGGCAUGUACCCUGUUCCUCCCGUCAUUCCACCGGGCCCAGACGCCAAUGGACAGGUUCGGGUGGUGCACAGCCGGCCGAAGCCGCAAUGCUGGGAGCACGGGUGCAACGGGAGGCAGUUCUCGACCUUCAGCAACCUUCUCAGGCAUCAACGGGAGAAGUCGGGGCAAGCGGCGAAGGCGACAUGUCCCAACUGUGGGGCCGAAUUCACACGAACGACGGCUAGGAACGGCCACUUACUCCACGACAAGUGCAAGAAGAAGGGCUCCAACUAA